CACUCCCUGCAAGAAUAAAAACAAAAAUAAGAACCCCUGAACUACACACAGGUUAGCCAACUUAUUUAAUCUUAAUAAUCUGAGUCCAUACUUUUAGCAGCCUAGCAGGAAUAAACACAAAUUUUAAAGUAUAAGUUAGCUUAAAAAGUGUCCAUAUAUACACAUUAGAAAUAUCAAUACACAUUAGAAAUACUUUCAACUUUCUGAAAUUUAUGUUAAGAAAAAAAUGAGAGAGGCAUUGCCCACACAACACAACACAACACAACACAACCAACUUUCUGAAAUUUAUGUCAAUACCCAGAUCCACCACUGCCCACACAACACAACACAAGUACACAACCAGCUUCAUUGGCAGCCCCACCCCUAGCCGCCUUCCGUGACACUCCACCCAAAUUAUGGAUAUUCAGGACUUGUUUAUGAAGUCAACGUUAGAUUCUAUUUUCAAAGUUGCAUUUGGAGUUGAUCUAGACAGUAUGUGUGGCUCAAAUGAAGAAGGGAAGAAAUUUGGCCAGGCUUUUGAUGAUGCUAGUGCUUCAACCAUGUUACGAUAUGUAGACAUCUUUUGGCCUAUCAAGAAAUUUCUCAACAUUGGCGCAGAGGCUAAACUUAAGAGAAGUGUCAAAACUGUUGAUGAUUUUGUUUACAAAUUAAUCAGUAACAAAGUGGAACUAAUGAAAAGUUCACAAAGCAAUGUCUCAGUAAGUGAAUCAUAACUUAGAAGUCUGUAAUCAUAUCGGUUUACUGAGGAGAUUAAUGCAUUCUUUCUGUGUGAAUUUGUAGGAAAAUUUUCAGAACUUGCUGCUAGUUUGACAGAAGAAUCACUUGAAAGAAUGCAGUAUUUACAUGCUGCAUUGACAGAAACUCUCAGACUCUAUCCAGCAGUUCCAAUGGUAAUUCUAGCUAGUCGCAGUCAGAAAAUUUCAUUGCUCUCAUAAUCUCAUUGUUUGUUCUCUUCCUUUUUAUUUUUCUCUUUUGUGUUACACGUUACUUGCUGAAGUUUAUGUCAAUUUCAGAGGCACAUUCCAACUUAUCAUAUAUCAACCAAGCUAAUUUCUACCUUUCUCUCAAUUUCUAAUUUUGAAAUCAAAAUAAUUGCAUUUUCUCUAAUUUCAAAGUCCAACCAAAAGGAGUCUAAGAAAUUCAGGUACUUGACAAAAAUAAACAAUGCAAUCAUGAUGAAAAACUAAUUGUCCUCUGCUACAAUCCCAUUACCAAAACAUAAAAAUAAAUAAAUUCGAAGAUAAACCAUACUUGUUAUCAAUUCUAAACAUUAAACCCUAAAACCCUAAACUUUAAACUAAAAAAAACCAAAAAAAAAAA